AUGCUAGCUUGUACUUGGUGUCUUUUAGGACUUUCUGAUCAAUAUCUUCCACCUGAGUAAAGAGAGUCUUGGGUUUAUAUUUAAAAUUCUAAUGGUGAUUACGACUUUAAUGAAAAAAAUAGUCAGUAGAUAUACAUAUUUGCAGUUUAUUGGAUUUUGGAAACUCUGACAACUGUCGGUUAUGGAGAUUAUGUUGGUACUACUAGAAAUGAGUAUCUUUUUACUAUGGUUCUUGAGGAUUUGAUUGACGAAAAGCUUUCAUAACUAGACAUCUGGAUUAAAAAAAUAGAAAAAUCUAAUAAGCCUUAUUAUAUACCGCCAGAUUUGUACAGUGUUAUCAAGUAAUAUGUCUAAGAUGCUUUUUUGCAUGACUUCAAUCUGAUUAUUGAAGAAUUUCCAUAUUAUUACUAAAUCUCACCCAAAAUGUAAACUGAGCUCUGUACAACUAUAUUCAAAGAAUUUUAGCAAAGUUUUAGACUCUUUUUUGACUUUUGCGAAAGAGGGUUCAUUAAUGAGCUCAUUAUAAAUAUGUACUGCAGAAUAUAUUAGCCUGAAGCUACAAUUGUGCCUUAUGGUUCUAAAUUUAGUGAAAUAUAUUUUAUUAGGGAAGGAGGUGUAAGAAUGUUUAACAAAUUUAGAAUUCAAGAUUUUAUGUUUUUACCUCAAUAUCAGAUCUUUGGCGAUUAUCAAAUUCUUUAUGACCUUAAAUCAAAUAUAGUAUUUUAAACAGCUAAGAAUUACCCUGUUACCAGAUUUAUGUGUGUUAGUAAAAAAGUGCUUUUAAGACUUUGUAGUGAAUAUCCAAUUACAGGUGACAAUCUUAGAUAGAGAGGCCUUGAGAGAAGGAAGUUCUUUAUGGAUGCUAUGGAAAAACUAGACAAGCUUACACCUUUAAAAGCUCUAGGUAAAUCCUUAAAAGAAAAAUUCAAAAUAAAGUUGCAAUAGUAACUGGGCUUGCUGGGUCUAUAGGCCCCUGAAUCAUAAAAAAAUCUUAUUUAAUAGCUAGGAUAAAAUAGUUAAGAGCAGUUAUAGAAUAAGGAGAGUAUUGAAAAUGCUGAAACAGGAGAGGUUUAGUUUUAUACAGAUGAAGAACCGAAUAUUGAACAAGGGGAGAAAGAAACUGUGAAUAGUGUCAUUAAAAGAGUCAAUAAGAAAACAGAACUGAUAUUUUAAGCGAUGAAAAUCUCAUAGGAAAAAAUGGACCACAAUUAAAAAAUACUUAAACGGUAUCUAAUUGAUGGGUACAAGCCUGCUAUAGCUUUUGGCACGGGUCUUUAGUAUGUUUCCUAAGAAUUUCUAAAACUAGCAGAAAUGUAAUAACCUACAGAGGUGAAGGAGUAAAUAUCAGAGGCAUAAAUGAAUAAGUUAAGAGCUCUUUAAGCGUUUGCAAGUAGAGUAAAUAAAGCAAGAAUUGAGGCCGAGCUUGAGACUGAAAGACAAAAAUAAGAAGAAGAAAAAGACAAAGACAAAGACAAAGACAAAUAAAACUAAUAAGCAGCAAGUAUUUCCUAAAAGACUGAAGGAGAUGAUGAAGUUAUUGAUAAAGAGCUUAAAGCUCUAGAUAUAAAGGAUUAAGAGCUAAAACAGCUUAAUAAAGUAGAAUCUAGGAUAUUAAGCAUUAACAACUAAUAAUGA